AGCCUCCCAUCAUGACAACCAUGUCCAUUUGGCAGGUACACCAGAACUACCACCAGGACUCGAAGACCACCAUCAACCGCCAGGUCAACCUGGAGCUCUACACCUUCUACAUCUACCCGUCCAUGUCUUGCUACUUUGACCUCAAUGAUGUGGCUUUGAAGAACUUUGUCGAGUAUUUUCUUCACCAAUCUCAUAAGGAGAGGGAACAUGCUGAGAAACUGAUGAAGCUGCAGAACCAAUGAGAUGACCGAAUCUUCUUUUAGGAUAUCAAGACACCAGACUGUGAUGAUUGGGAGAAUGGGCUGAAUGCAAUGGAGUGUGAAUUACACUUGGAAAAAAGUGUGAAUCAGUUACUACUGGACUUGCACAAAUGGGCCACUGAAAAAAAUGACCCUCAUCUGUGUGACUUCAUUGAGACUCACUACUUGAAUAAGCAGGUGAAAUCCAUCAAAGAAUUGGGUGACCACAUAACCAGCUUGCACAGAUUAGGGGUUCCUGAGUCUGGCAUGGCAGAGGAUCUCUUUGACAAGCACACCUGAGAGAGUGAAGAGAACUAAACCUCGGGCUGCCUUCCCACAGCCACAGGGGUGACUUCCCUGGUCACUGAAGCAGUAUGUGCCUGUGGGAAUUAACUUUACCUUUUCUAUAACUUGUACCAAAUCAUCCACUUAUGUCCUUCAUUUAUACUGUCCCUUCAAAUAAAGUAAUUUGGUACAAAAAAAGAAAAGAAAAACA